GCUUUGUAUCGUACUUAUUUUGUACAUUUGUAUACAACGUAUACAAGGUGUCUACCACCCAAUUCGCAACAAAACCUUUUGACCAUGGAGGUGCUGAAGACGACGGCGAUCAGCGAGAAGGCGGCGGCCAAGCUGCUCAAGAAGUUCGUGGAUAGCAAGGAGGGGGAAGAGAACACCGACCUGAUGAUGAACGAGGAAGUCACGUUUCAAUUGACGCAGGUGCUGGCUCACUUGGAGGGCAAGAAGCCGCAGAUUCAGCGGCAGCAGGACGAGUACCAGUACGAACAGUACUAGGCCUCGAUAUAUAAUACAAAGCACGGAUUGACAAUAUGGUCGACAAUGCUGUGUACACGGCAACCAUUGCGACUUUCAAGACCACAGAAGGCUCAACACGGUACCUAUCUUCGAACGUUGUACUCAGA